GAAAACAUUCCGAAAAGGUUUGCGGUGUUGUUGCUAAUCAAACAAACAAAAAAUACAAGUUUAACUUAGUAAAAGUUCAAAAAAAAAGAAGAAAAUGAGUUCGUAUAGCAGGAAUGCUCUUCGAUCAAGAAGCAACACUUUAUCAAAUUCGAGAAAAAUCAGCGAAGAUGUGUUUGAUGGGUAUGUCAAUGAAAAUAACAAUGAGCAUGCCAUUCUUGGAAGAACAAAGAGUGAGGGAAAAGAUUUUGUUGAGGAAUCGGGUAAUUUAAAAUCAAAAGACAAAAAUCAGAACACGAAUCUUAUAGCACGAAUGAGCGAAGGCGUUCGAGGAAGUACCAUGAAAAAAGGUAAAGUUGUAUCGAGCGCUACAAAUUUUAUACGAAAAAGAAAAGAAAAGUGGAGACCAUCCUUAAACGGAAGCGAGGAUCCGCACGAAGGAAGUAAUAAAAACGAGAGUGUUUCGCCACUGUCGCCAACUGACUCCGGUAUUAACGCUUCAAAUGACGAGGCUUUGUACGACGAUGGGUCGGAAGGAUCAUCUAUUGUAGAUAGCAGUUUUAGUACGCCAGUUGGCAAAAAAGGACUUGAAAACUAUGUCGGGUUUGCAAAUUUGCCUAAUCAAGUCUUUCGUAAAAGUGUCAAGAAAGGAUUCCAGUUUACUUUGAUGGUUGUGGGGGAAAGUGGUCUAGGUAAAUCGACAUUAAUAAACUCGCUGUUUCUGACUGAUAUUUACUGCCCUUCACAAUAUGAAGAUGCAGCAUCAAAGUUUGGAAAAACAAUGGCAGUAAAUGCUUCAACAUUUGAACUGAGAGAAGGAGGUGUACGGCUUCAACUAACAGUUGUUGAUACUCCUGGAUUUGGUGAUAACAUUGAUAAUACUGAUUGUUGGAACUCUGUUAUUCAAUACAUUGAAAAUAAGUUUGAAGACUACUUGAAUGCUGAAUCUAGGGUAAACAGAAUAACUGUUCAAGAUACUAGAGUCCAUUGCUGUUUAUAUUUUAUUGCACCUACAGGACAUGGGUUAAAACCUUUGGAUAUUGAGUUUAUGAAGAAAUUACAUAACAAAGUUAAUAUUGUUCCAGUAAUAGCCAAAGCCGAUACCCUUACUGCUGAUGAAUGUCAGAGGUUUAAGCAGCAGAUUUUAAAAGAAAUUGAUGCUCACCAUAUCAAUGUUUAUAGAUUUCCUGCUCUCAGUGACGAUGAAUCUGAAAGUGAUCUUGCUUUAUUAAGAAGAUUACCAUUUGCUGUUGUUGGCAGUAAUACUGUUUUGGAGGUUGGUGGGAAAAAAAUUAGGGGAAGAAUGUAUCCUUGGGGUAUAGUAGAAGUUGAAAACAUAGAACAUUGUGAUUUCAUUGCUCUGCGAAAUUUACUUAUACGAACUCACAUGCAGGAUUUGAUAGAUGUAACUAAUGAUAUUCAUUAUGAGAACUUUAGGAGUGAAAGACUCUCGGUUUUAACUGGUGGAGGCAACUCGAUUACAAGCGCAGCAUUAAAUAUUAAUCCGAUGGAGCAAAUUGAACGUGAAAGGGAAGAACAAGAGAAAAAGUUGAAAAAGAUGGAGCAAGAAAUGGAGCAAGUCUUUGAAAUGAAAGUUAAAGAAAAAAAAAAAAAGCUUAAAGAUAAUGAAAUUGAGUUCAAUCGAAAGUUUGAAGUAACAAUGGAGACUUUAGAACUUAAUCGUAAUGAGCUAAUUAAACGGCGUAGCAACUUAGAAAAAGAAAGAGAGCAAUUCGAAGCUCAAUAUCAGCUUGAUUUAAAUUCUACAAGAUCAAGCGAUAAAGAGAAAAAAAAGAAGCAAAAAUUUUUCUAGCAUCUACCAUUAUAAUUUAUACGGUUUCCACGAUCACAAAAGAAAUAGUUUUAUAUACAAUAGGAAGAGCGCUGUUUUAGAAAAAAAUUCUCUACGUUCACCUCACUUAUUGCAAAUAGCUUGUGAUCUUUAAUUACUUUGUCGUUUUGUUUUGUUCUAUCUGGUAAAUUAGUUGGUAAAUUUUUUGUUUUUCUCAGUUUUUUAUUCUUUGUAACUUUUUUGUUUAAGAACAUUUUUUUUGCCAUGCGCCUUGUCAUUAAAACUAUGUCACGUGAACGUAUUCAGCGUUGCACUGUAACAGUCAUAUAUUGUAGAUAUUUGGUCUUAUAUUUAACUUUUGUGUAUUUUUUUUUAUUUUAAAAUUAGAUUUUGAAAAUAAA